AUGGAACAGCAUGAUACGCAGCUUCGCCGUCGCGAUACUUUGCUUGCACGCCUGAGCAACCCUUCGAACUCUCUGCCAGCACCGCCGCCUUCGACACUUUCGCCUUCACCAACGGCGACAACACAAACAACAACUGCAGACGCCCCAGGCCUCUCUGCCUCUGAGCCCACUCUCCGAUUCCCCAGGCCGCAGGGCAACACGCAGCUUGCGAAUUGGAUAUCGAGCAGCAACCCCAACAUGAUGGACAUGCCUCCGCCAGCCGACGACAACGGCAUGGCCGAAUCAACCUACGAGCUCGUCUCGAGCCCCAGCACCGACAACGAAGAGUCCCAAGACGACCACUACCCCGCCUCCAUGAGCGAGUCCGUCGGCUCGCUCGACAUUCAUCGCCCAGACGAUGUCCGGAGCCUGGCUGGAACAGACGAUUCAUUCGGGACGGACAAUGAUGAUGCCGACACGCACGGUGCAUCGUCUGACCGCGACGAGACCGAGGACGAGGAAGACGAUGAGGACUCGGUUCACGAAGACACCGUCAUGACCGAGUCCCAGAUAGCACACGACGAGUCCAACAAGACUGAACCCUUUCCUCCAUUUAAGAACGAUGCAUCGCAAGAAUUGCUCGAAUACACGGACCAGAGUCUUGGGACUCCAUCUUAUACUCCCGAGGCGAGCCGAGUCAUUGAAAGGCCUGCCGACCAUGACAAGAAAUCUUUCAAGAAGAAGGUGUCUGAGCUAUGGCAAUUGGAAUCUCAGGUCAAGGAAUUUCUGGUCGAGAACACCCUGAUUCCUUCGGCUACCAAUGGCCUGGCGUUAAUGCCCAUUGGCGAAGCGCAAUCAGAUGACUGGAUAUUCGGCGCCAAGAAGCCGGUUGUGUCAUUCACUGCCGAAGCACACAAUGAUAUCCUAAUUCACAUUCCCAACAGCAUCAAGAAGACAUGGCUGGCCAAGGAUUGCCUGACUGUGACUGCCAAGAGAGGAGAAGUCCCCGUUGAUACCACCAUGUCUCUGGAGGAUGAGGGUCUCCGCCUAAAGUUUGCCAAGAGGGAAACCCACGGCGUCGUCAGCGUCAUUCUCGAGGCUAAGUGCCGCCCAAAGAUUCACAAAGUUGUUAAGGUCCACUUUGGCAAGGGCUUGAUGGAGGGUGCUCUAGAGCGGACCAAGCAUCUCGCCCAUCUUGCCCAGGAUCUCUCCGGUCUCGUACCUGCUGCUGCUCAGGAAGCAGAGCGGCGUAUUGAGAAUGCGAAGCAGUCACUGGGCUCGGCAUGCCAAAACGUUUGCCAAACAGUCACCGAGACCGUCUCCAAGACAUUUGGCGCCAGCUUUGCCAACUUUGCAGAUGUUCGGCAGCAACUGGACGACCUCGUGUCAACAGCCAAGACUCAGCUUGAUGAGGCCACUCAAGGCAUCGCCAGCAAGAUUGAUAAGAUUACGCAACAAGCUGCAGAGAAUCUGCCCUCGGUGGAGGAUGUGCAAAACCAACUUCAGCUCCAGCUUCUUGACGCUCAAUUAUCAGCGAAGCUUUUGUGGCUGCAAACCUUUGGCAGCGCUGAGGAGCAUGAAGAAUACUUGCGGAAGGCCAAGUCGUACUCUGCCGACAAGCACGCAGUGGCCGCGCAGUCAAAGUUGAAGCACGCCAAAAAGGAAGUCCAGGAGAAGCUGACCGACUCUGCUUCACGGCUGUGGUCUAUGCUAAGGGGCAAGUCUGCAUGCCGACAGAGUUCGCACGAGGAGUGCAACGACGCUCCAUAA